AUGGGUUACCGAGGUCGUCAUUACUCCGAGAGCUCCAGCUCCAGCCGUUCGCGCUCUAGAUCUCGAGAAGCAAGGGACUCUCAUUCAAAACAUAGCCGAUCUCGUUCUUCACAUUCUCACCGAAAUCCUCUGAAUCGAGAUGCGUAUGUUGACUCUCUUUAUAAAUUUAUUACAUUAGACAGCGACUCAAGUCAGGACGAACGAAACGAGAAAAGAGACAUGUCUAAGACUCGAAGACAAGAUAGUGAUAUGGAUGACGUUGGUUUUGGAGAUGACAUGGAUGGUUUUGCCAUUGAUCUCAACGAAUCUGGUUAUCAAUCGAGUAGAGCAAAUCCUCGUGAAAAAGAUUCACUUCUGAAGAAGAUGAGGAUUCCAGAGAUCAACAACAUUCACAAGGCAGUUAUUAAAAGCAAUCUCGCGUUCGGUUCUUUUGCUAGAAUACCUGAAUAUGCCUUCGAUGGUCUAAUCUACACAAGCAACUAUAUUCCUGACCAUCCUGCUCCCCGCGAGGGACAGGAAGUAUGGGUGAAGGUACUACGCGUUUUUGAGUCGGAAAACAAAGUGAAGUUGGUGAUGGGCUGUGGCUUCUUUGAUAGAAUGUCGCUCUCCAUGAAGGAAUGCAAUCAGCAGACCGGAAAAGAUUUGAAUCCGAGCAACAAUCAUGAUGAAGGUUAUUUCGCAGAUAAUCAAUAUAUCCAGUCGAGCUCGAUUCGGAAAAUCACGUGCUCGCGCGUUUGA